AUGCGGGGGACUCCGCCGGGGCCCUGGAUCAAGUCCUUGCGGCGCCUGCGGCGGGUGUGCAGGGUGGUGGUGGUUGACGAGCACAGGACUUCCAAACUGUGCUGCGCCUGUCACGCCACCCUGCACGCCCACCAGUACGUGCGGGUCCGCAACGGCGAGGAGAAGCUGGUGGACGUGUGGGACACGAAGCGGCUGUACGAGGUGCUGGAUGGCCCUGACGGCCCGUACACCAUUUUUGCGCCCACCAACGAGGGCUUUGUGACUUCCCUGACGCCCUUUGAGUCGACCGUGGAGGACUUCCUGACUGGCGGGUCGGAUGAGGCUGCGCACACCGGCGACCACCUCAAGUACCACGUCGUGCGAGGCACCGUGCGCGCCGCGGACCUCUCCCCCGGCCUCGUGCUGAACUCCAUCAUGGACAACGGCGCGGCCUUCACGAUCCAGGAGAGCCGCUACAACGCCGGCCAGUUCUACGCGGUCGGGAACAACACCUACUACGAGCGCGGCAACCGCGGCAAGAUCCUGGAGGCCGACAUUGCCGUCCCCGGCUCCGAGAACAUUGUGCACAUCAUCAACCAGUUCCUCUUCACUGAAGACGAGUAG